CACGUGCCACUUUCAUUCAUUCAUUCAUUUCACAACUCAUCCCUGAUGACUGUUUACGUACAACAAUCCUUUAUUGGCUAUUUUUAUGAACAUAAGUCAGCAUAAAAGAAUGUUGGGAGGACGGUGUGCAACGUUAUCUUGAGAUUGUUGACGGAACUGUGCACAGUCAAGGGGAACAUUUGCUUUGUACAAUGUUUGUACAAUAUUUGUCGGUGGAUUAGAACUGCUUGGCUUCUAUUUUGUGUGAGCUGUUGGAGUAGUUAAAGUGUGAAAGACAUUGUGUGUUCAUGUUAGGAUGUAAUAAUGGUACAAAAAGAUUGUUUUGAAGUUAAUGGUAGUAGCACAGGUAAAGGAGGCCAAGUCACUCUUGAAAGUAUCAUCGUUGAGGCCAAGGUGCAGGGUUUUGCUGCUGACAUCCACAGCACUCUCACCUUCGUCAACACAUCAGAUGACAACCUGGACAAUGUAGUGGUGACAUUUCCCAUAGAUGACAGCACAGCGGGGAGUCUGUAUGACUUCAAGGCGAUAUGGGACGGGAAAGUCCUCCAGGGACAUGUAGAGGAAAGAAUACUGGCCCUUGGCCAGUGCAGCGAGGGACUGACCAAGUCUGGACAGGACUGUCUGAUCCUGGAGAUGAAGAAGUACAAAGGUAGUUUUGUUUGUCAUAUUGGAUCAGUGACCAGUGGACAGCAGGUGGUCAUCUCAGUGUCCACUGUCCAGACUCUGGCCGUGUCUGGCAAUGGUGGUGCUGUUGAGUUUCUUCUACCAUCUUUCCUUCUCCCAAAUAGCUACACUGCUUUGUCUAAACAGGGUAUGGCACAUUUUGAUUUGACCAUCCACAUUGAUGGGCCCUACCAGAUUCAUGACGUCAGAUCAGAAGAAAUUGAAAUUGUUUCAGAAUAUCUAAACAGUAGCCUCACACAGGCAAAGGUAUCUUUCUUAAAAACCAAUAUUUUGACUGCACGGCUGUCUAUCUUCAUCUUCUAUUACAACCUCCACCAGCCAAAGAUCAUCAUCGAGAAAGGUCACCCUGCGAAAUGGGGAGUGAUGUACCAUGAUGUCCUGAUGCUGACUUUCUGUCCACAGAUUCCCACCAGUGAGAUAAGACGAGACACUGAGUUCAUCUUUGUGGUGGAUUGUUCAGACUUUAUGGCAGGGGACAAGAUCCUUAGUGCACGCAGAUCUUUACUGUUGCUUCUGAAGAGUUUGCCUCUGGACAGUACCUUCAACGUUGUGGUGUUUGGUGACCAUUAUUACUCACUGUUUGAUGGUGGCAGUCGACCCUACAACAGAGCUACCCUAGAGAAAGCUGUGGCAUUUUUAGAGGACGUGGAGCCAGACAUGGGUGACAAUACUUCCUUGCUAAGGACACUUAAACACAUCUAUAGGCAGGACAAGAUGGGCAAGUCAAGACAGCUGUUUCUCCUUACCAGUGGAGCAGGAGCCACCAUCAUGAGGGAUGUCAAAGAGAUGGUUCAAAGACAUGCACUAGGAGGAAGAACCUUUGUAUUUGGUCUUGGUGAUGUUGGUGACCAGUCAUUGCUGAAGGAGAUAGCCAUUGGGACCGGAGGCACCUGUAACAUGAUCAGAGACACUAGAAAUCUGGAAGAAAAGGUGAUGUCAGUUUUCAAGAAAGCUCUCCUCCCAGAAGUCCGUGACCUAAGCUUACACUGGGAGCUCCCAGAGGGCACUGUGAUCCACACUACUCCACACAGGCUGCCCCUCAGUCUCAUGGCAGGGGACACUCUGGUGGUUCAUACACUCAUCAAAACUAAGCUGGAGAGCUCAGCAUAUGGUAUAGUUUAUCUCCAGGGAGAGUUAGAUGACGACCCUUUCUAUCAUAGCUUGAAGUUUGAGAUCCCCCAGCAUACUGAUCCCACCGCUGCCACCAGUGUACAGGAAGCCACCAUACACAGACUAGCAGCCAAGUCAUUGAUAUGUGAUCUGGAGCAGCAGUUAGAUGGAGGAGCAAACAUUCUGCAAGGAAAUACUCCAUACUACAUCAUUCGCCUGAGCAAAGCCUCCAAUAUUGUCUCUAGGUGUACUGCCAUUUUGGGUAAGAUGGUGGGUAGUGAGGACCAUGUACAGCUGCUGUACAGUGACUGGGACAAGACACAGGAAGCAGAUGACACAACUUCCAUUGGUUCAGGGGACUCCUAUGAAGUUGCCAUUAGAGAAUACAAACCACACUUUAAGAGGGUCAGCUCACUGUGGAACUGUGGGCUUGGGUCAUUAGUGGCCAGAAAGUUCCGGUCAAUGUCUUUCUCACGGAGAACUUUGACUAACAAACUAACUUAUAAAAGACGCAUGGUGCAUAGUGCUCAGACCCGUGCUCUACUAACACCAGAGAGGGGAGAGGAGGAGGAGGUGGAGGCAGAAGUGGAGGCAGAGGAAAAUUGCAUAGAGACUGUUGAAGUAGAAAAAGAGGAAGAUACAUCAAACUGUGGUUGUUUUUCUUGGUUUAGAGUCAAAUUCAGGAAGCUUGUGAACUCUAUCAGGUCAGUGCCCCAUAUAGUCAAAAUACGUUUAAACAAGUCUCCAUCAAUGAGUGAUGACUUUUGGAGGAGUCCAGGAGAAGCCCCCAGUCGACAUGUCCGCUAUCGACCAAAGCGGCCCAAAUCUGCACCCUUGGCAGAGUUUGGAGAUGAGAUGAGAGUGUCUUUAGCAUCUGUAAAUUUGAUCAAUACCAGUGGCACUCUGGACGACUCCUUCAUGUCUAAUGACACCCAGGGAAGCCCCCAGUCCCCAUUUGCCAGCAAAGAGUUCCUACUGGAGGGUAUUCCAGAGUCCCCCACCACCCCUGUCCUGAAGAAAGAAUAUCUUCUGGCAGAGUGCCAGGGAUUUGAUGGCUCAUGGUGCCUAGAUGCUGCCCUGGCAGAAAUCCUGGAUACAUCAGUGGAGAGGAUGAUUGCCAGGUGCCCCUGUCCUAGUCAGAGUGUAUGGGCUACAGUCCUGGCUGUGGUUUGGCUGCAAAGGAAUGCAGGACAACAUUCAGAGUGGACUUUUAUUAAGAAGAAGGCCUUGGAUUGGCUGAACUCCCAGUGUAUCCAUAGUGAUAGCUUGCUAGAUUUAGCAGGAACAGCAGCAGACGUUUUAAGAAUACAAAGAUGUGAUGAAGUAUUAGGUGAUAUACUUAGAAACUAUAAUCAAAAAGAUGAUACUGAAGAUGUUUUAUCUACAGUGAAUCUUGGGAAUGGUAUUGGAGAGGGCAGAAGAGAACCUGUAGAUGCCAGCACUAUUAGAGCUAAGUCACUGGAUAGGGAAGUUGAAUUCAGGGAAAAUUCAAGAUGGAGUGAUACAAGUAAUGCUAGAAACUUUGUUGAAUUAUCAAGAGAAAAAACUAAUAAUUCUGUGAAAGGAGAGAUAAGCCCUACUUUGAACGUCUCAAAUAAAAUAAAUAUGCCACUUAGGAGCUCUACACCAGACACCAAUAUUGGUAGAAAUGGUUUUGAACACCCUGGCCAGACUUAUGUAUCAGGUCAGUCGGUGGUGCCAUCUAUUGUGCAGACAAAUGGACUGGAUGCUCUUAAGCAUACACACCCCUCGGCAACACAUACUGGCGGAUCUGAUCAUGGAUUACAUGUGAUUAUGGAGUGGAUGAAAACUGUCAGUGAGAGGGAGCGCCAUCAAGUGCCAAAUGAUAAUAUCAGAGAUGAUGAAAUAGACAGUCUCAUCUCACUGGUCAGUGAUGAUAGAAUACUUACGGCGGAAAAUGAUGAUGAAAGUUUGGACGCAGCGGCUAGCAAUAAAUGGAAGAAUGCAAGGUACCUUAGCAGUGCUGGGGAUAUGCUAUUAAACACCUACACAAAGACAAACCACAUGGCCUCAAGAACUUACCACUCACAAAAUGGACAUGACGCUAUUGACCAGGGUUAUGGAAAAGAAAGUUCUUUGUCCUAUCCCUCCUCCAAUGUUUCAUAUAGUGCCAUUAAAGUUGGAGAGUCGUAUGUAUUUGAAACUUCUGUGUAAAAAGAAAAAAAGGGAAAGUUGUAAUUUUAGUAAGAUAUUGUUAUGUUAUGCAGUUGUAUUUUUAAUACCAGUUUCAAGUUAUAUACUAUUCUAAUUGAUGGGGGAAAGAGUGCCCACUGUCAAAAAUUUUUAUUGUACUUAUGUUGAAAUUCUAGUCUCUUAAGUUGGAUUCAAAUCUUAGACUAAUUGUUUAUCCAGUCAGUAAAUAAGAAUGUACAUUAUUUACUGUUUACAGCGGGACCAACAAUGACAGUUUUAUAUGCAUGACUAGUGGGCCAUUUUACAUUUCUUUCCUACUUUCUGAACUGCUGUUAUGUUAAAAUGUUACAAGAAAGUUCAGGUUAACAGGGUUUUAUCUGAUUAGAUGCUUCAGAAGAUAUGGUUAUUUUUUAUAUUUUUACUUCACUUAUUAUAAGAAAAAAAUGCAGUCAGUAAUAUUACCACAGAGAUUUCACCUCAGUCUAGUGACAGACGCCAUUUAUUUUGUAAUUGUCAAUCAAAACACCAUGCAAAGGUAAGGUGUGUACUUUAUGUUUCUAAUAUGUGGUUAAGUUUACUGUUUAUUCAUUUGAUUAAGUAUACUACAGCAUAGUAUAUAAAAUCGGCCUUGAAAAGGACAUGUUUACUCAACGGAAUGACAAUGAGACUCUGUACCGGCAGCAUUGUUUUUACAUUAUAUACAUAUCUGUAAGCGUGAGAUAUCACAUAUUUACAUGCGUUUCACUGUCAUGUAUUGAUAUUUAUUGUCCAUAUUGUUACCCUUUUAGCUGUCUUUCAAUAUUGUGAUAAUAUGUAAUAAUUAAAAUUGAAGUUAUUUUAGAUAAACAUAUUAUGGUGAGAUUAUAUGUAAAAAAAGUCUGAAUCUGGUGUCAUUACUGUAUGGUACACAGACAAAGGAAAUAUGAUAUUUAAUGUAGUGAGUACACAAUGAUACCAGUACUCUACAAUAUAUCCUGAGAUUAUAGGACAGUCCAUAUCAAUGUGAUAGUAACUGUAACUUAAUUUGAAAGAUGAGGUAUGUAUACAUAUCUGUGCAACAGAAUGGAGAAAGUUAAAAAAGUAUUUCAAAUGAUUCAUAUUCCAUUGUGCAGUCAUGUUGUAUACCUGUUAAUGAAAUCUUCAUUUUAGUAAGUUAAAUAUGUAUAUAUAUCAACUGUGUUUUGUGUUUGGUGCCAAAUGAUAUGUUUUUGUGACAAUAUCGCUAAUUUGCAAAAAAAAAAAGAAUAUAUAUAUAUAUAUAUAUAUAUAUAUUGCUUGAAUGAGUAAUAGUAAGUAAGAUGAGUAUGCUUGUGAGUUGCAGUCAUUUUGUUUGUUUCAAUAUUUUGGUAUAAUUAUUAUUUAAACAGAUUAUCCAUUAUUAAUUAUUUCACAAUAAUUGGCCAGAUGGAAGUUAAGUUGGUAAAGAGGUGUGAAAGAAGGCAUGAGUAUUCCUCCCACCGUAUUUAAUUAUAUUUGUGGUUCAUUUUAGCCGUGGGAAGGCUUGUAUUAAAACUAUUUAAAUUGAGAAUGGCAAUCUGUUUAUCAUGUGCAAUUUUCUCAAAAUCCUAGAUCUCCCCAUUAUUCAUUAUACAUUCAUUCAUAUAAACUAUAUAGUUAUCAGUAUAGUUAAGAUCAGAAUGCGUACAGACACUGUGCAUAUCAUAUAAAGGACAUCCGUUUUUGUAAUAUUCGUUAUACAAUAAACCAUAUUGGUAACACUG